UCAAAAUAAACAACACAAAAAAAUAGUCGCCGCUGCUGGAAGGAGCAUCAAAAGCUACCAAAUAUGCCGAAAACGGCAUUGAAUACGUGCUAAUUGGUGAUAUUCACAAUAUACAAGUAGUCGCCGAAAUUCGACAGUAUUAUCAGGUGAACGGCAUGGAACAUCCAAACAGCUACGAAUCUCAUCAUGAUCUUUUGAAACUACUACGUAUUAUGUGAUACUUGCUAGAAUAUUGUUAUAGAAUCCCUACAUCAACGAGCUGUUCAGUUUACUUGAAUCUCAACAACAUAUUUAGAGACUGAUCAACAAUGAUAUCAGUAAUCUCCAACAGAAGUAAAAACAAGCGAAGGCUGAUUAUUUCUGGUGCUAUUCUGUUGAUUAUGAUCUACAUUUUAUACUCGAUCGACUACCGAACGAUUAGCGAAAACUGUUUUGCCGUGCACUUCCCUGAACCUUCGAAAACAUUGGAGGACAUUCAGCAUUCUUUGAAGCAGCCGAUUAAUGGAAAUAACAUUUUCUUCCAUGAAACUUCAUGUUCCGAGAACGGGGUGAUAGGGCUCAACGCCCGGCAGGCAUGUGCCGUCGAGUCGGCUGCUAGAAUGAACCCAACAAGGCAAACAUUUGUGCUAUUUGCCGCACCCGUAGGAUUUCGGAACAAAAGUUCCCUUCCACUGAUGGAUGCACUGCUUUCCUAUCCGAAUGUGGAACUGCGGUUUGUCAAUUUAACGACUUAUGCACAAGAUACUCCACUAAAGGAUUGGAUGCAGAGCGGGGAGAUUUUUCGAUCCAAGUACAUGAAUUCGCAUCUGUCGGAUGUGAUGAGAUAUUUGACACUGUACAAAUACGGUGGUACUUACUUGGAUUUGGACGUGGUGGUGAUGCAGUCCUUUGAUACAUUAAAACCUAAUUACGCUGGGGCAGAGUCGCCACGCUGGGUGGCAGCUGGAGUUAUCCACUUUGAACUGGAUGGAUAUGGACACGAACUGGCGGAAAUGUGCCUUAGGGAUUUACUGAUAAAUUUUAACGGUCAAAGCUGGGGCAACAACGGACCAGGAGUCAUUACCCGUGUAUUCAAACGAGUCUGUAGUACCAACGCGCCACUACUGAUGACCCGUGAACGAUGUCGCCACUUUACCGUCUUCCCACCAGAGGCCUUUUAUGCAAUUAAUUUUGAAGAUUAUCUGCAGUUUUUCGAGGAACGUUGGCUGGAUCAAGCGCUAACUGCUCUGAAUCGAUCCGUGGUAGCUCACGUGUGGAACAAAUUCAGUAGGGAUCACAAGGUACGGGUCGGCUCGCAGGUUGCUUACGGAGUCCUUGCAGAACGUUAUUGUCCUCGGGUGUACCAGGCCAGUGGUGAGUUUUUCUAGAGUUAGUAGGCAAAAGAUAUUACGUUUGUGCACUAGAAGGAGUCGAUGGAGGUUAUUAGACCGUUCUCAAUUAGCAGGUUAACCUCAGAUUUUGCCGUAUUCAAUUCAAAUGCAUUGCAGCUCUUAGUAAUCUGUUACUGUUUAACUUCUGUGCUCUAAAACUUUGUAUUAAAACUGUGCAUGUAAUAAUUUAUUUAACAUUUGUAAAAGCAAUUAUACUAAAUCAUGUCGGUAUGAUAACAUACCGUUCGCAAACUCAGUUGGAAUUAGACGUUAUAAACAAUCGAUAUUCAGGGAUGAGCCAUUGCUUGGUUUUCAUAGAAAGCGGCAUAGUUGUUGCUCCUCAUUGAAUUUCCCAAUAAUCUCAUAAACAUCGAAGAUUCGUUCACCAAGUACAUAAAAAAGUGGGUUCUAGAAUACGAAUUACUACAAAUGUCUAAACUGGGUUCUAGUACGUCUUGCUACUCGCUAUGAUUGAAUCCAAUUGCUGGAGGAACAAUAUUCUUAAUAUUCUGUUACAUGUCAAUAGAGUACUGGUAUACUAAACGCAAUACUACAAACACACUGAUUUAAAAUCAUCUGUCAGAAUUUGUGCAACAUAACAAACACAUCUAGUAUGCAAUAAAAGAAAAAAAUCACAAGCAAGUACGGAACUAAACAAGUGAUUGUAGGCAGCAUAGAAAAACACUUCCCAUAAGUCUCAUUUUUUAAUGUUAUAUGUAAAAAGCUAAACAUUGUAAUUAAUAAGAAUGUUACUAACAAUUAUUUUGGUGGUUGGCUACUCAUUCCUUUUUAUAUAAGCUUAUUAACAAAUAUUUUAAUGCACCCUAGCAUUAUCAAGGCGACAUUCAGCAGUGAGAUGGUUCCGCUCUGUACCUACUAUUAAAUAGAAGCUUCACAUUAAAAUAGAUUUUAAUAGAAAUCUCAAAUACAAAAAACAUUCCCGAUUGAUGACGCAUAGUGUGACCUGGAACAACAAAUUAGUAUAAAUUCAAAAAUACUCGAAAAAAUAGUUGAAAAAUUUCCUACAGUCCUGCUAAAUGGUAUUCAAAAACGUGAUGUAUUUCUAAAUUUGAAGGGUCCGAAGCAGAGCUUCCUUACCGAUGAAGGCCAAAGUCGAAUCCUGUUAUAUGUUAUUUUUGUUGAAUCACACAGUCUAAAAUGAUUGUAUAACAUUCCCUCGAAAACCAUUCCCCAGAAGAAAAAAUACCGAAGCUUUUUCCCCAGAAACACAUAUUCCAGAAAGUACUAAUUCCCAGAAAACUAAUCCCCAGAAAGUACCAAAGCCCAGAAAACUUUCACCCAGAAAGAACCAUAACCCAGAAAACUGUUCCGCAGAAAGUACCAAAACCCAGAAAAUUAUUUUACCGAAAUUUUUUCUUCUUCUAUUUUCUCAAUAAACAAUUCGUUACAUUUAGAUAAAGUGUACUUAAAUACUUGUUAUAAGUUUGCUAUUCACUUUUUUUCUAAUAUUUACGCAUCGCGCUUAAAUUUAAACGCAUUAAAAAGAUGGAAUGGGUGAUGAUUAUAUGUUAAAUGAAAGCUUUCGAUUCCUAUUUGAUAGAAAAAAUAUAAUUGGUUUUGAACCAAUUUUUGCAUUUAAAACCGCUUGCUCCGCAUGUAGCAAUAGUGGCCCAAUUGCUAAUUCCGGUUCCUAUAGAUGCAAAACCCAUUGAUUACUUUUGAAGCAUGCAACUCUAGGUACAUUUGGCCCACUAUAGCUGCAUAGGAGCUCAAAAAUCAAGGAAAACUCAUUAUUUCAGUUGUUUUUUGAGCAAACUUCUAUGAUAAAACUUGUGUUGCCAUGCGAGUUUACUGCAAACCACAAAGCAAGAAAUAAUUAACGGCGUUUGGCAUUUUAAUCAAGUGUUUAGCCUAUUACUGCGACUAGUAGUACACCGCGGCUAUUGGAGCACCCACCCUACUGUUUGUUAAAUAUUCAACAAUCGUCGAUUUUCAAUAUUUGCGGCAUCGUGCCGCGGAAAUAUCCCAAAACUCUAUAAUACAUUUGAGUUGCAAAGACAUGUAAUAUUACCUGAAGAUUUAGAAACAUAAAAAGAGCUCCAUUAGGUUAAAUACCUAGUAGGACACCUCAAAUCUCUAUCGCUUUGCGUGCUAUUGACGGUUAAUGAUUGAGCACAAAGCUUUGGUUGCCUAGAGCCAAACUAAUUUUUUUUCUCGAUUUCUUGGUACAAUGGCAAGCAACGUAGGAUUUUGUGAAAUCGUGCACUUGUUAAUGAAAAAGCGCUGUAAACGUCAUUAAAAUCGACGCAAAUUUGCAUACGGACAGUUUUUAGAAGAAAUGAAACAUUUUUAUGGUAAUGGCUUUCGAAUUUCACUUUUGAAGACGAGAACCCCAUUAGUCGAAACUUUACUUAAGCGGGACCCAUGUAAUUUAAACAUCAAUGUCACAAAUGACGUUUCAAGGUCGCAGAUAUGUUUGUUUUUGUCGUUUAAAGUUAAAUUGAAAAGCCGAAACAAAAUAAAAAUAAAAAAAUCAAGAUCCAUUCAGUAGAUCUUUCGCAAAUUAUUCCCAAAAAAUUUCAAUUUUAGGCCUCUAGAGUAGAGGAACCCCUUGAAAUAGGGAACUUUAAUUUGGAAAAAUUGUGCUAGUUUUUCAUAUGUAUUGGUAGCGGGUGCCCUUACGAGUACACUCAUAUCAUUCUUAAACCUUAAUUAUUCUUUUAUGAUUUUUAAAUUAUAAAAAACCAAAUUAAACUCAACCAGCAAACUGACAGUUGUCCUACUAAAUGACGUAUCUGCAAAUAUCUCGUUGGCCUCAUUGUUAACCGGGACAGCACCCCACACAGCAUGAUCUGGUACUUUUUCAAUCUGCUAGCAGCCUGCCAUCCCAAGUUUCAUCUGCAAACUAUGGUAGGGUCGUGCAAGUCGCAUUGGUUUGGAUGUGUUAUUGUCCUAAAAGGAAACAAACUAAAAAAUGUUUUUUUCAAUAGUUUCGGGCCAAAAAAUUGAAAAAGGACUGAGAUAUUAACUCACGGUACUAAUCUGCAUCAGAAUAUGCCUUAACCCGCACACCCCUAAAGAUCCCUAUUUCGCUGGUACGUGGUGCAACAAACAUCGAAGAAUGUUAUAAAAAUCUUUAAUGUGAUAGUUCGAAUAUGUUUUUCCUAUUUUAGCCAACUUUUUGCUCCAGCUAUUCCAUAGUGUGCUGGAAAGAAUGAAUCAACCCUAUGUUUGAGAAAACCGGUCAGACGAGUAGAUAACAAGUUUCAUUCCGAGGGCCAUUUGGCAUACAUAUUCAAAGAAUUGCUCAUGUUUAAAAGAAGGAGUCAACUCCUAUGUUUGAAUAAACCGAGCAUACGAGUUGAUCACAGGUCAUGUCCUUAUUGAUUCAUCUGCUACAUAAAUUGACAUCCGCGGGUCAAUCGGAACAUUGAGCAUUGAACGAACGUUCCUACCCUUAGUACACAUGCUCCUUCCACAUAAAUCAGAAUCCAACUACAAAAAAGCUCUAGAACUAAUGAAAACCAUAGCAACCAACAACAAUAUUAUAAUUAAUCCGUCGAUUGCAUUAACAGAUUUCGAAACAGCUGAGAUAAACGCAAUCGCAAUGAUUAUUCCCAAUUCUGUGCGAUAUGGUUGCUUUUUCCAUCUAACAAAAAAUUGGUGGAAACGGAUCCAAAAAUUGGGAUUAUCUGGAAUUUAUUUGAAAAGCGUGCAAAUGCAGAUCUCUUUCAGACAAACCCAGGCCUUGGACUUUUUGAAGCCUCAAGAUGUGCCUGAAGGCUUGGGUAUUGGGGAAGCGAAGGGUUGGAAAACACUGCGCACAGGCACAGGCAAGAUUUUCCCCUGAAUUUACCAUGCGAUACAACACCCUCAAUGACAUACCUCAAACGCAAUAGAAGGGUAUCACAACCAAUUAAAUGCACUCUUAAAAGGUACCAGUGCCCUUAAACUUUAUGCGGUUGUGAAAGCAUUCAAAGAGGAAGAGCAGUCCACGUCGGCGGAAUAUAUGCGAUAUCUGCAAGGAGAUAUGAUAAACCGGCGUCGCUGUAAAAAAACAUGCAGGAGACAAAAAAUUAAAAGAAGUUUUAAUUGCCGACCAGGACGAUGGUACAACAUUAAAAGAUACCAUUUUAUCAAUAGCUCUUAUAAUACAAAACCAAACCAGAAUAUUAAUACUAAUAAAAAAUAAGUCAUCGUCAGUUAAAAUACCUCAAUUUCUGGGAAAUGGUUUUUUCUGGGGUAUGAACUUCUGGGUAUUUGUUCAUUCUGGGUAACGGUUUUCUGGGCAAAAAUACUUUCUGGGAAAAGGUUUUCUGGUAAUUGGUACUUUCGACGGAAUGGUUUUCUGGAGAAUGGUUCUUUCUGGAGAAAAAACUUCGGUGUUUUAGUUUCUGGAGAAUGGUUUUCGGGGGAAAGUCGUACAACCGUCUAAAAUAUCGUUUAAAUUUAAGUUUUGUACGACAGUUAUGAAUCUCACAUUUCAAUCCUUCUCUACAUAAUGCAAGUGUUAUAUUACUAUUAUAGGACAAAGUUUGCUGAAAUGUAAAAUGUAUAUAGGAUUACUGUAAAGAGAAAUCAAAACUCCAGCACGUUUCAUUUUUUAUUCGCAGAUGGAAAAUUAUCUGAAACAACACUAAGGGGUAGUAAAUGAGGAAAUAAAUCUGAUCUUAAUUUGGUUUGUAGAUACAGAUCUCAAGAACA